CGCAUACACAAUGGCUGCUGGAAAGAGGGGAAAGCAAAAAAUUUUCAGGCCCGCAGGUCCAGCAAAAAAUAUGAGAAAAAAAUUAUUCAAAAUUCAGAAAAUAGUUUAAAGUCAAGAAAAAGACAGUAAAAAGGAUGUUAAGGCUCCCGCGAUCAUCAAAAAUGGCAAGUAACACAUUCUGGUCACCAUCAAAAGUAUUUAGUGGAACUGGAUAAGACCACAAGGAAGAGUGCAUUGGCCUUCCAUCAGGUGUGGAUUAACAAAUGGCCCUUACUAACUGUGUUGCCCACAUGAAACAAGGGAACCCGCCCAAAGCUAAAGCAUUUAGUAAAACUGGGCCAUACGCAAGUGUCCAACAAGGAGGCCUGCCUUAGGCUGCAAUGGCCACGGUCAUACCCGGUGAUUUAGCAGAUGUUAAGGAUACACAGAAAGUCCUGGCAGCAGCAGGGAGACGUAAGCGAGGUGAAAGCAAACCCAGAAAAAACUUUCUGUGUCUGCUGUGUGAUAAAGCCUUUAACAGUGUUGAGAAAUUAAAGGUGCAUUCAUAUUCUCACACAGGAGAAAGGCCCUACCCGUGCUCUCACCAAGACUGCACCAAGGCCUUUGUUUCUAAGUACAAGCUGCUAAGGCAUAUGGCUACUCAUUCUCCUGAGAAAACCCACAAGUGUAAUUAUUGUGAGAAAAUGUUUCACCGCAAGGAUCACCUAAAGAAUCACCUUCAUACGCAUGACCCAAACAAAGAGGCUUUUAAGUGUGAAGAAUGUGGCAAGAACUACAAUACCAAGCUUGGUUUCAAGCGUCAUUUAGCCUUGCAUGCUGCAACCAGUGGUGACCUCACCUGUAAGGUCUGCUUGCAAAUGUUUGAAAGCACAGGGGUGUUAUUGGCACACCUGAAGACCCACGCUGGUAAGUCUUCAGGUGGGACCAAAGAGAAGAAGCACCAGUGUGAACACUGUGACCGCCGUUUUUAUACCCGCAAGGAUGUUCGCAGGCACAUGGUGGUGCACACUGGGAGGAAGGACUUUCUCUGCCAAUACUGUGCACAGAGGUUUGGCCGGAAGGACCACCUAACACGCCACAUGAAGAAAAGCCACACGCAAGAACUGCUUAAGGUCAAAGCAGAACCACUGGACCUUUUAGAUCCCUUUUCCUGCAACCUUUCUUUACCAAUAAAAGAUGAACUGCAUUCAAUGAUGUCCAUAUCUUCCAGUGAACUUGCUUCUAAGCCAUUCACCAACACUUUGCAGCUAAACAUCUACAACACCCAGAUCCAGUCAAUGCAGAGUGCUGGACCUGCACACCAAAUGGUCACCACAUCUUUGCCUUUCGGAAUGACCUGUCCCUUCGACAUGGAGUCGGCUACUCGCCCUCCCCACCAGUUUUCUUUAAAAUAUCAACUUGGUUCUACCUCAUGUGCCAUUUCUAUGCCUGAAAAAGAACAGCCAUUAAAGGGAGACAUAGAGAGCUAUUUAAUGGAACUAGAAAGCAGCAUGCCAUCUUCAUCACAGGAUACUCAUAGCUCUGCUUCUAAGCUACAAUUGGAACCCCAGAUGGAAGCACUGGAUGAUGUACCCGGGGAUGUUUCACUCUCAAAAAUCUCUGCUUCUGCCAGUGAACCUCUUCACUCCUCUUCAUUAGACUUCUCUCAAUUAUUUAAUUUCCUGCCUUUAAAUGGUCCUCCAUAUAACCCGUCUGUUUCAGUUGGAGGCCUGGGAAUAAGUUACACCCAAGAGGAUGCUCUCUCCUCUCUGUCCCAGCUCCCCUCACAGUCCCAGGAGCCUCAAGACCCUGGGAGUGGUGUGGGCAUAAGCCACUUGCAAGGAUUGCCUUCAGCCUUUACAACCAGCCUAAGCACAACUACCACCCUGCCUCGCUUUCACCAAGCCUUUCAGUAGGAUAUGGGAGCUUCUUACCAGUGGAAAGCUAAUGUAGCUGCCAAACAUAGUAUUUUAUGAAUAUAUUCAAAAGUAUUUUCAAAAAGCCAAUAACAGAAUUGAAAUGUAUUGUGUUUUAUAAAAUGUGUAGACUCCUUUGGUGGUAAUGUGGUUUGGUUUUUGAUAACAUCCACAGGUGGUGUUGUGCCUUAUUCUGAGAGAGUGAACUUUACAAGUAGUUUAGUUAAACUAACAGUUUUAAAAAGCUGCCAUCUUUUUUCUCAUAAAGGUAAAUUCCAGCCUUUAUUUUCUAGGGGAUUUGGAGAGGUUUCCUGUAGCGGUGAAUGCCCCUAAUUAUAUGUGAUUACCGUAACUUAAAGAAUGUUAUAAGUUAUAAUAGGGUCUCCUUUCUUGGUGCAAUACUGUGUAACAGUAAGCACGGUUUUACAUUUCUAAAUAAACAUAUAGCACUUAGCAAAAGGUGUAUGUAUGCCUAAAAAACUGGUACUCAUUGCAAAUUGUAAGCUAUCUAUGCCACUUUGAAGUAUAUGUAGACAAAUAUAUAGAAAUAACACAAACUCAAAUCCUUAAUCUGACUAAAAAAUAUUAAAUGUAUAUCUGCCCAUGUCAGUGGUGAUUCAAUUUAAGAAAGUAUUUUUUUUCUAAUAUAAAUAACUAUUACAAUGUUUAUUUCAGUAUAAACAGCUGGAUGUUUGUAGCUGAUACACCCUCUUUAUCGGAUAUUUACUUCAUUCAGUGAAUAACAGUUUCUGCCCUAAUGUAUUGAUGAGUAGGAUUGUAUUCAGCAGUAAGUCAAGGAUUCCUGUUUUUUUUUUUAAGCUGAUUGGUUCCCAUGCAAAGGGGAAAAAGGGAAGAAGGGUUUGCAGAUAAGUCACAAAGAAGGACCUCAAACACAACUUUGAACCUCAUUUCACUUUUUGUGUAGUAGCACUGAUCUUGUGAUCAUUCUGUGCUUUUAGUUUAAGUGAAAGAUGUUGGCAAGUUUGUUUUGUUUAGUUUUUUCUGCUUUUUAGUUUGGCCUUGUAUAGAUCACUGCUAACUUUUUGAAAAGUUUGCAACCUUAAAAUGUUAUGUGGUGAUUAUAAAAAACCUUGGGAAAUAAUUUUCUUUCAAAAAUAUAUGAAAAUGAGCCACAUCUAUAGGUUUUAUAGAAAGAUAUUAUUGAAUGUGGGUUUUUUUUGUUAUUGUUAAAAUUGGUUUAAAUGUGCUAUAAGUGUAUUUUGUUAAGAGUAUGUGGUUUUACAUUAUUGCUUGGUCAGCCUUUGUAUAAGGCAUAUUUAAAAUAUAGCACUUUCUAAAAUCAGAAGCCUUUUAGAGCAAAACAGAAGCUCUAAAGGAUUUGCUUUCAGAAAAAUAAUCUUUAUUAUUAACUUGUGUUACAUGCCAUUAGAUUUCUUAUAUUUAGUCAUUUAGAAAGUUAAUCUUUUGUAUAUAAAUGUUUAAAAUUUGUAAUAGUCUUAUAGAGGUACAAUAUUUUACAGUGUUUUUACUAUCGAAGUGUGAUUUUGCUUUACUUGCACAAAACUUCUGUGUCCCUCACUUGAAGCUUUCAAUGUAAUUAAACUACUUUCAAAUACAUUCAUAUUAAAUGUUCACUCUUCUAGAAAAAACAUGUGGCUCUUAACACAUUACAGUAAUUUAAGUAUGCCCUGUUUGUUAAUCCACCACCAGCACUGUACUUCCAACACAUUUAUUGUAAAAUGUAUUUAAACUUUCCAUCAAAUUCAGUGCACAGGUCUAUUUUACGAUUACGUGGUGAAGUUGGAGUUUAGGUGUAAAAAUAUUGGUCAUGUGACCAUGUAGUUGUAUCCUAUAGUUGUAUUGUUUUGCAUACUGUGAAUAUAGUUCAUGGUGAUCUAAUCUUUUACAGAAUGUAAUACUAAUUGGCUGAGUAAUGACAGGCAAGGUUUUGUUUUUUUAUGUGUGCUAUCUGCUUUCAUUUAUUCUCAACAUGUGUUCAUAUUAUUGGUUUGUUUUUCAAAUUUUAAAAUCCAUUCCCCUGAAUCUGUCAGUUUUCAUACUAUUGUCACUUAUUAUUUGAGUCCUACUCCAGAAGUAAUACAAACCCUAGCAGCCUCUGUAUCUUCCCAUGCUGGAUUCCUGUUCUGUUGGUAUUCAGUUCCUCCAGUGCUCUAAUUUUACAAAACCUUGUAACUUUAAAUGGUUAAGUACUUGCAAAGGGUUUUAUUUUAAAAUGAUCAUACAGGUAUAUACUAUCAGUACUAGAUGUUUAAUUCAAUAUAUAUAUUGGCUACAAGUUAACUGGAAAGGAUAAAACAAAAACUCCUAAGAUAUACAAUUUAUUUCAAGUUAAAAAUUGCAAGUACAGGGGAGCAUAUGGUAAUUAGAGGUAGCACAUGGAUUUUAAAACAUGUAAACCUUUCAUCUGAGUGAAUAUUUCACAGCACACCUUUCUUGAAAAAAAUAUGGUAUAUAACAUGUAAUGCCAUUAUGUUCUCUUUUUGUUUUGUGAAAGGGCUUGCAAGCCAAGUGAGAGACACAGAAUUUCGCAAUUCAGUAUCUUUCAGUAUAAGCUUCAGUGGUACAAGUGAACCAUAUUGAAUGUGUAUCUUAGAAACACUCCUGCAAUAUUUUUGUAUUGGAUCAUGCUGCUAACGUACACUUUAAAACUGCUCCUCGUGGUGCUACAGACCUCUCUUUCUAAACAGGUUUUUAAUUCAAUUGAGCACAGAUACUAUGCUUAACUGUCAUCAUAUACUGUAUUUUUGUACUGUGACUUCUCUUAUUCUUUCAUGGACUUUUUUCUGUAAUAUCACAAUGUAUUCUUAUGCACUUAAGAGGCAGACUGGGGAGUACCUCCUGCUGUUCGAGGUGUCUUGCAAGUAGAGAACAGUUUUCUGGAAGGGAUGACAAGGGCAUUUGUUUUUAAACAAAUAGGAAAACUUCACCUAGUUUUAAAGAAUGAUGACGUGAGUUAAAAAGGAAUGGAUUUGUUAGAGGGGAAACUGCAUUCCAGAGGAAUUUUAAUAUUCAUCACAUUUCAGUAAUGCCAUCCUGUGAUAAUGGACUGUAUUUGCUAAUCAUGCCUAUUUUACUUCAAAUGUAUUUAUAAACUACUGUUUAUAUAUUAGUGUGUGUGUGUGUAUAAGCCAUGUAAGAUAGCAAUUAUAUUAUACCGCUGCAGCUUUUCAUCAAAUUCCUAACAUUAACAUCAUCCAAAGAGACAGAUUGUUUAUUGUCUGGAGAAAUAACUUUUUUUUUAUUUUUUAUAGUACUUUGCUGCUAUUAAACAAGAGUUGCAUUCUUACAGGCAACAGUGUUGUCACUGUUUCUACAGUAUAUGAAUUGUGUAAAUAAAUAUACAAGAAGGAUUUAGUUAAUACUGUGCAGAAAAGUGAAAUCCUAGAUUGUGUUAUAAUCCAUUUAAUAUGAUGUGUGUGUUUUUUUUUUUGUUUUUUUUUUUUUUAUAUGUCUUAACCUUACAAUACACCUGAAAAAGAUCCCCGGAACACUUCUCUAUGGAGAGAUUUUGGAAACGGAUCCAGCUGCUGUUCUUAGAAAGAUAUAUUUUUUAUUAGAAAAUAAAUAAAGCCAAAUCAAACUUGAACAAUUACUAGAACUCAUGAAAAAGUAUUUGGGUGGAUAGAUUGGAUUUGUAAUUUAUUAGAACAUUUAACACCAGAUCUGUGUAAGCUCAGAAUAUCUUAUUUUAGUAACAAAACACAAGGUAUCUGCUAUUGUCUUAAAUAUAGACACUUUUUACAUAAAUAUAUUGAUACCAUGAGUACCGUUUGUUACAUGUUUUUAUUCGUUAAUGAAAUUCAAUUCAGUGUGAUGAAAAGGUGGAAAUGGCAAGUGUGUCAUAAAUUACAAACCCAACAAAAUGAGUGUUGUAUUUUUUCCUAUUAGAAUUGUCCAGAAUGUUUUAAAAUGUAUACAGUAUGUGUGUAUUUCAAAUGUAGGGACACAUGUAAAGAUAUACUUCCUAGAAUGAUAUACAUACUGUCAAUACCUGUAUUUAAAAGUAAAGUAUUUUCAUAAACCUUAUCCAUACUUGUUGGGAUACAUGUGAAUUUCAAGCACACAUUUAUGCAAUAUUUGAAAGAUAUUCUUAGUUAGUUAGUUUAGUUUAUUCACUUUGUGCCCACAGGGCUAACACAGGUGUAAACUGAAGUGAAUAAACUAAAACUGAUUUAACUGGAUUAUUUUUUGGGGGGGCUCAGGAGUUAAAACAAACUUGUCUGUGUCCUGAAAUGGAUGACUGUGUUUUAAUUGAGGUGGGGCUAUGCUAAUAAUGCUGAAGUCAAAACUUUGCACUGCAAGUGGUAAAGGUAAUGAAUGUUACAAUUUGAAAACUUUUGGGACAUAUUGUAUAGUAAAAUAAUUAUAAAAAAACACAUAUAGCCAAGCAAAAUGGCACCAGGCAUUUGUUUAAAAAAUUAAACAUCAGUAUAGACAGGUAGCCUGUUGUAAUGAUUUUAGUUGCAUGAAUGUACUGUAGCCCAUAUUUAGCACAUGCAGGGCCUGGCUUUCCAAUGUGGGCAAAUUUCUCACUUGAUUCAUUUAUUAUGAAGUGGUCAAUAUCCCUGCAAGUUACAGUUUAUAAAUAUGUGUGGAAAUUGUAACAGGUAGGAUUGUGCCCAUUCUGUAAAGCCUCAAUAUUGGUACAGUGGGAAUGUAUAGCUAUUUCCUAUAACCCACAAUACAUAUCGUUCUGUCCCUUUUUUUUAUCAAUGUAGUUUUAAUACAGGCAAUGUAUGCUUUUGUAUCCCGUAUUUCCUAAUGUACAUUAACAUUUAUUUAUAAACAAAAACAAAGAGAAUCUAUGAUUUCAUUAUCCAAAUAAGAUGUAUAAUGAAACACAUAACGUUUACUUAGAAAUAGUUUCCACUUCUUUUAACCAGGUACAUCAAAUAGGAAGGAAUGUGCUUUUUCUGUGAUAAAACUGUAUUUAUUGAAGAAGAAAAAAAAGGUAGGUAAAAAUAGGUAAACUAUGAUUUUAUAGAGUGGUUAUUUUAAUCUUGUACCAAACCUGUUGUCUUUAGUGAAUGUACAAAAUCCAACCCUUAAUAUAAGCCAUACAGGAUAAUAAUAUUGAGUAUGGGCUUUUAUGAAAUCUGAUACAGCUAUACCUAGAGGUAGAUCUACAGUACUGUGCAAAAGUUUUAGGCAGGUGUGAAAAAAUGCUGUAAAGUAAGAAUGCUUUCAAAAAUAGACAUGUUAAUAGUUUAUAUUUAUCAAUUAACAAAAUGCAAAGUGAGUGAACAGAAGAGAAAUCUACAUCAAAUCAAUAUUUGGUGUGACCACCCUUUGCCUUCAAAACAGCAUCCAUUCUUCUAGGUACACUUGCACACAGUUUUUGAAGGAACUGGGCAGGUAGGUUGGCCCAAACAUCUUGGAGAACUAACCACAGUUCUUCUGUGGAUUUAGGCAGCCUCAGUUGCUUCUCUCUCUUCAUGUAAUCCCAGACAGACUCGAUGAUGUUGAGAUCAGGGCUCUGUGGGGGCCAUACCAUCACUUCCAGGACUCCUUGUUCUUCUUUACGCUGAAGAUAGUUCUUAAUGACUUUCGCUUUAUGUUUGGGGUCGUUGUCAUGCUGCAGAAUAAAUUUGGGGCCAAUCAGAUGCCUCCCUGAUGGUAUUGCAUGAUGGAUAAGUAUCUGCCUGUACUUCUCAGCAUUGAGGAGACCAUUAAUUCUGACCAAAUCCCCAACUCCAUUUGCAGAAAUGCAGCCCCAAACUUGCAAGGAACCUCCACCAUGCUUCACUGUACUCAUUCGUGUACCGCUCUCCAGCCCUUCGGCGAACAAACUGCCUUCUGCUACAGCCAAAUAUUUCAAAUUUUGACUCUUCAGUCCAGAGCACCUGCUGCCAUUUUUCUGCACCCCCGUUCCUGUGUUUUCGUGCAUAGUUGAGUCGCUUGGCCUUGUUUCCACGUCGGAGGUAUGGCUUUUUCGCCGCAAGUCUUCCAUGAAGGCCACUUCUGACCAGACUUCUCCGGACAGUAGAUGGGUGUACCAGGGUCCCACUGUUUUCUGCCAAUUCUGAGCUGAUGGCACUGCUGGACAUCUUCCGAUUGCGAAGGGAAGUAAGCAUGAUGUGUCUGUCAUCUGCUGCAUUAAUUUCCUUGGCCGACCACUGCGUCUACGGUCCUCAGCGUUGCCCGUUUCUUUGUGCUUCUUCAAAAGAGCUUGGACAGCACAUCUGGAAACCCCUGUCUGCCUUGAAAUUUCUGCCUGGGAGAGACCUUGCUGAUGCAGUAUAAAUACCUUGUCUUGUUGCUGUGCUCAGUCUUGCCAUGGUGUAUGACUUUUGACAGUAAACUGUCUUCAGCAACCUCACCUUGUUAGCUGAGUUUGGCUGUUCCUCAGCCAGUUUUAUUCCUCCUACACAGCUGUUUCUGUUUCAGUUAAUGAUUGUGUUUCAACCUACAUAUUGAAUUGAUGAUCAUUAGCACCUGUUUGGUAUAGUUGUUUAAUCAUACACCUGACUAUAUGCCUACAAAAUCCCUGAUUUUGUGCAAGUGUACCUAGAAGAAUUGAUAAAUAUAAUCUAUUAACAUGUCUAUUUUUGAAAGCAUUCUUACUUUACAGCAUUUUUUCACACCUGCCUA